AUGUUAGGAUAUCUUGCAUUGUCUGCACUAGUUGCACUUCCAUGUUAUGCCUAUUAUUAUUGGUUAAAUAAUAUUAAACCAUUCUUUGAUGCUCAAGUCAAAUUGGAAAAUUCUAAACUUGGACAAGUUUCAGAUAAGAAAAAGAAAGGUACAUGUAUUAUUAUUGGUGGUAGUAUUGGUGGUAUUACAACUGCACUCAAUGCUUGUUUCCAUUUUGAAAAUGUUAUUUUAUUUGAAAAGAAGAGAUAUGAAACUAACAAGUCAACUGCUCCACAAGGAACUCAAACUCACAUUUUUUUAUUGAGAUGUAUUACAAUUUUCAAGAAAUUAUUUGGUGGUUAUUUAAAUAUUGAUUUUAUUAAUGAAAUUGAAAAGAUGGGAGCUUUUAAAAUUUUAAUUGAAAAUACAGAUUAUGCUGCCAUUGAUGGUAAAUCUGAUAAAUUAUGUGGUUUAAUUGAAGGUCAAACUAUUUGUCCACCUGGUUAUCAAAUGACAAGAUAUCAAAUUGAAUCUUAUAUUAGAGAUUUAAUUAUGAAUAUUAAUAAGAAUUCUUCAUCAUUAAUUGGAAAAUCAUCUACUUCAACUAAUGUCAACACCAAUAAUAAUAGUAAUAGUAAUAAUAGUAGUAAUAAUAGUAGUACUAUUGAUGAAAAUUCAUCACCAUUGGGUAAAAUUCAAUUCAGAGAUGAUCAAACAGUUAGUGGUUUAAUAUUUGAAAAGGUUCAAACACAAGAUUCUAAAAUUAUUCAUCGUGUUAAAGGUGUUAAAUUACAAGAAGGUGAACAAGUUUAUGGAGAUUUAGUAAUUGAUUGUUCAGGUUUAACAACUCAAACACCAAUUUGGGUUGAAGAAGAAUUUUCCAAAGAUUCUAAUAGAAAAUUUGAAAUGGAAAAGAGUAAGAUUAUUCUCACAACAACCUACACUUCAGCAAUUUACAAAUUGAAAGAUCCAAAUAUGCAAGAUGGAUUCUUUAAAAAAGAUGGUAAAACACCUGUUUGGGCAUAUAUUGGUAAUGUUGGUUUUCCAACUAAAAGUGGUAUGAUUUACUAUAGAGUUUCACAAGAUAAGGGAAUGUUUAUUAUUGGUGAAACUGGUAGUAAAAAUCCAGAAUGUGUUAAAAUUAAGAAUCAUGAAGAUUGUAUUGAUUAUUUAAGUAAGGUUUCACCUGAUAUUUCAGAAAAGACUAAAUUAUUCUUUGAACAUUGUGAUUUAGAACAAGGUCCAGUUAUUGAUUGGUCAAAUUAUAAGAAGGAUGGAACUGUUUUAAAUCAUUGGGAAAAGAUUACACAAUAUAAGGAUGAAAAUGGAAAUCAACAUGUUCUUGAAAAUUUCCUUGCACUUGGUGAUUCAGUUGGAUCAUUAAAUCCUGUCUAUGGACAAGGUGUUACAUGUAUGACAGAAUGUCAAUUAAUUUUAGAUGAAAUUUUAAGAAGAGAUGUUUCUACAAUUGAUUACAAAACAUUUGAAGAGUUCCAAACACGUGUUUAUAGAAUUUAUAUUCCACCAUAUAUUAUGGCAACAAUGGUUGAUUUACAAUUAGAUGCUAAAGGUGGUAAUUGGUGGUUUAAGAAAUUCUUAUUACCAAUUUUAGGACCAAAUGUUAAGAGAACUAUUUUAGCAUCUAAAAUUGAUCCAUUUGUUAGAUGUCAUUUCAACAAAGUACAAGGAAUGUGUGAAGGUUAUUUAUAUCAAAUGUUUGAUAGAAAAUAUCAAUCUAGAACUAAAAAUCCACAACCAAAUUGGUAG